UUUACCGUUCAUAACAAUCCACAUUUACGAGGCAGUCUGCCGCCGCCACCCAAAUUCUCAUCGCUCAUCACAGCCGUAAUUCGUAAAUAUCUGCGCUGCGUCUUACCGCGGACGCUUCCACACCUAAUCACGAACUCCGAAUUCGAACUUGGCCCGACCCGUCGCGCUACCGGACCCAAAUUUCAUCGACCCAUGUGCAUGUAUAUUUGCUCAUUUGGAUCUAUUAACUCUCCGUGAGACCCCAGGAAGAAUUCUCGACGAUUUUGACAGAUCUACCAGCAUUGGGAAAACCCAGCUUCCCAGAUAUAAGAGACGCCAACAAUCAUUGCAUGAACAUUCUUGUGAGCACCUGGUGACACUUCGCAUGACGAAGUUCCUGACAGAAAGCUGCCUAUAAGGCUGGGAUCUGGCUCUGAGUCUUAGGUCCUCAAGAGUUUACAUAAAGAGAUGAAGGGUGGUCAAUCUAGUAGACUUUGGGGACGGCAGUCUUCUUUUACUGUGGCUGCUCUUGUUUUCACCACCAUAUUUUUUUGGUCUUGGGAGAACAACCCACUCGUUAUCAGUCUAUUAUCUGCACAAGAGCAGUUCAUAAUGCAGAACCCAGAUCUUUUGGUGGAUGAUCCUUCUGAUUCUUCAAUGUUGUUAAAUCCCAAGGAAGAGCUAAUGGAGGAAGAUUCAAUUUCUCAUCUAGCAGAAGGUAAAGAUGUUCACGAGACAGUAAAGCAUUCUGACAGUGCUAUGGACAGGAUGAACAUGCUUUCUACUGAAAGACAAGAUGAGAACAGGGUUUCAGCCUCUUCUUCAGAGAGGCAAGCUUGUAAUUAUGCUAAAGGAAGAUGGGUUGCAGACAGUCGAAGACCAUUAUAUUCUGGGUCUGGAUGUAAGCAGUGGUUAUCCGAUAUGUGGGCAUGUAGACUAACCCAGCGUACUGAUUUUUCAUAUGAAGGGUAUCGUUGGCAGCCAACCAAUUGUGAGAUGCCUGAGUUUCAAGGUGCUCAAUUUUUGAGAAAAAUGCAGGACAAGACUUUUGCAUUCAUAGGCGAUUCACUGGGUAGACAGCAAUUCCAAUCACUUAUGUGCAUGGUCUCUGGCGGUGAGGAGAUGCCGGAAGUUGAGGAUGUGGGUGAGAAAUAUGGCCUUGCCAUACCAGAAGGAGCUACUCGUCCCGAUGGAUGGGCAUAUCAUUUUCCUGAUACAAAUACCACUAUCUUAUUUUACUGGUCCGCAAGUCUUUGUGACACAGAGCCAAUCAAUAUCACAGACCCAGCUACUGAAUUUGCCAUGCAUUUGGAUCGGCCACCAGCUUUUCUGAGGCGAUUUCUCCCUCAGUUUGAUGUGGUGGUUCUCAAUACAGGUCAUCAUUGGAACAGGGGGAAGCUCAGGGCAAAUCGGUGGGUGAUGUAUGCAAACGGGAAGCCAGUAACUGAUAGAAGGCUGAUCACGAUGGGAGGUGCUAAAAAUUACACACUAUAUAGCAUUGUUAGAUGGCUUGAUUCGCAAAUUCCUUUGUACCCACAGCUGAAAGUUUUUCUACGAACAAUAUCACCUAGACAUUUUGCUAAUGGAGAAUGGAACACGGGGGGUAGCUGUGAUAACAUCUCUCCUUUAUCAAAGGGGAGCGGAGUCUUUAAGGAUGAAUCAAGUGACCCUGUUGCUGAGGGUGCGGUUAGGGGCACAAAAGUGAAGAUUUUGGAUAUAACAGCUCUUUCUGAACUGAGGGACGAGGCUCACAUAUCACGCUACAGCAUAAAAGCAUCGGAUGGUAUAAACGACUGCUUGCAUUGGUGCCUUCCUGGUAUUCCUGAUACAUGGAACGAACUAAUUUAUGCCCAACUUUAGUUAUCUAUUCUCGUCUUCUGAGAAAAGGCUUCAACGGGAACAAAGAUGAUGCCACUAGAGUUGCUGUCUCUACUAUCGACCAGUCAUUCUCUUUUACCAUGGAGAGCUUGCUUCUGGUGUAUUCUUUACUACGACGUAAAGCCACAGCUUGUUGCAUGAGUUAUACUUUAUCCAAACGAAAAUGAGAUAGCGGUCAAGCCUGUCGUCAAAGGGAGAAAAGUUGGCUGACUGAGACAAAGUUCAGCACGGAUAUGGCUCUAUUCCUAUGGUUUUCAACUAGGUUAUUUUUUGUCAAUAUUAUUCAUAUUACAUAACAACACCGUUCUCAAGCAGAAUUUUGCAUAGUUGAUUCUUUUUCCUGACUUGCUAUUCCAUCCGAGACAAGUACUCGAUACGUUCACGAAGUUCUAUCCAUAAAUAUGUGAGGGAAGAACUUCAAAUACUUCAAUUCAACAGCAUUGUGCAUUACAAUUACAAGUUGAUGUGUGGUUUCACUCAGCUGUACACCUGUUGAGAAUGAUUCUCAUGUUUGUCAUCUGCUGUUGAUUUGCUACUGAUGGGAUCACUGUACGUAGUUGUUCUUGUAUGCAACACAUUGCACUUCUGAGUGUGUGAAAAACAGCAAAAGAAGAAACCAAGUUGAAAGUUUUAUUA